AUGUUGGACAAUAUGGAUAUUGAUGGAACCGACGGAAAACCCUAUGUUCUUAUAGAGUCCGGAAAUAUACCUGUCACCAGAGGAAGUCGAUUCAACUCAUGUAAUAAUUUUAGAAAUAAUACUCAAGCCAUGCCUAUGAAUUUUAGCGAAUCUACGACAGGCGUUGUUUAUGAUAAACGAAUGCGAUAUCAUGGUAACAUUCACGAAGACGAACAUCACCCCGAAGAUCCAAGUAGGAUUUCUUCGAUCCAAAAAACCAUAUCAAAAGCCGGAUGUCUUGAAAAAUUAAUACCCAUAAAAGCCCGCGAAGUUACUCGUGAGGAAGCCUGUCUCGUACAUACCAUAGACUAUUGGAACUUUGUAAAUAAGACUGCAGAAAGGAGUGAAGCUGAAUUAGCAAAAUUAUCUGGAGAAUUUAAUUCUAUUUAUAUAAAUAGCGAGACAGCAUUUUGUGCUCGACUUUCUUGCGGUGGCGUAAUUGAAUUAUGUAAAGCUGUUAUUAAUGGAACCGUGACUAACGGAUUUGCAAAUGUGAGACCACCAGGACAUCACGCUGAAUUCGAUGAAGCUAUGGGAUUUUGUUUCUUUAAUAAUGUAUCUGUUGCAGCUCAGUGUUUGAAAAAAUAUCAUAAUGUAGAAAAAAUUUUUAUAUUUGACUGGGAUAUUCAUCACGGUAAUGGUACACAGAAAGCAUUUUACGACGAUCCUAAUGUGACUUAUUGUUCGAUGCAUCGAUAUGAGAACGCACAUUUUUAUCCUGGGGAUAAACAAGCUAGUCAUACUCAUGUUGGUGGGGAAGGUGCCAAAGGAAGAACCAUAAAUAUUCCUUGGCCUCGUGCUGGGAUGUAUGAUAGUGAUUAUAUAUACGCUUUCAACAAAGUAGUAAUGCCAAUUGCUUUCGAAUUUGAUCCCGAUAUUGUGAUCGUUUCUGCCGGAUUUGACGCCGCGGAAGGUGAUCCAAUUGGAGAAAAUCACGUGUCACCAGUAGCGUAUGGACACAUGACUCACAUGUUGAAAGCUUUAGCAGGAGGAAAACUUGUUCUUGCUUUAGAAGGUGGCUAUAAUUUGGAAUCCAUAUCAAAAUCUGCACUUGCAUGUGUGAAAGUUUUGCUCGGCGAACCCCCAGCUAGAUUAGGACCAAUCAUACCCAGUCAUGAUUGUAUCGAGACUAUUCAUCAGGUAAUUCGUGUACAAUCACGAUACUGGUCAUGCCUUACGCCGGAGCACGUUGACUAUUUAGAAGAUAAACCAGGAAAAUUCGUGGUACCUAUGACAGACAUGUUAAAACUUUAUCGAACACGAAUGUUAUAUCAAGAAUAUAAGAUGAUACCUGUACCUUUAGGUACUGAUAGACUACAAAGAAGAUUCGGGGAAUUAGCUUGUUGCAGGUGA